UGAAAAAGUAGGUGUCACACAGAGGGCGAAAGUAAAAACGCAACUUGGGACUCCAUCUUUUCUGGGCAUCUUACUUUAUUCCUUCCCAUCAUGUCUGAACCACUUCUUUCCAGCACUGCCGCCCAACAUCUUGGUACUGCCGCAAACGCUAUCGGCAACGAUCCUCGCUUGUCUUUUUUAAAGAGAUUUAGAGAGGAACGCCUUUCCAAUCUUCGCGGUCUGGGCGAUUUCUUUGAUAAAAACAGAAUCAGCUUCACCACUUCCUUCUCCACCAUUAGCCAACGUUGGAACUAUAACCUUCAAUAUUUCUCAGCCAAUUAUUUGCUUAUUGUGCUUGGUCUUUCUAUCUAUGCCAUUCUGACGAGUUGGUGGCUUUUGUUCUCCAUUGCAUUUAUUGUGGGCGGCUUUUAUUUGAUUUCUCGAUUGGAUGGUCCCUUGACUAUUGGUGGCAACUCUAUAUCCCCCUCCACAUUGUACGCUAGCUAUGCGGGCGCUUCUUUGAUCUUGCUCUUAUUCUCAGGUGCCACUGGCGUUGUAUUCUGGAUCAUUGGUGCUGGAGCCAUUAUCAUUCUUGGUCACGCGGCUAUUCUGGAACCCAGCUUGGAGAGCGAAUUUGGCGCUGAUGGCCAAGUGUAAUACGAUCCAGGGCAUCGCGUCCUGGUGUUUUUAAUUAUCCAGUCAAUGCCUAUGGCUCUUCCCUCUUUUUAAACCUAUUAUUGCUAUUAUUGGUUUUUUUUUCAUCCGAGAAUGGCUUGUUACAAUAUUUAUCUUCUCUGUACAACUUUCUCCUGUAAAAAUUGAUCCGUUUUGAUACCUAUAAGGUAGUCUACAGAAAAAAAUGAUUCACUGCAUUGCAAUCUCUUUUUCGGAAGGCCAAACUGCGGAAUACAUAUCAUUUGUCAGUCCCUCAUACACAGCUCAGUCUCAUUAUGUAGAGCGGGGUGAUUGGAUCUGCUGGUACACGAUGUUACGGCAAGGCUUGAUGAAUAAUGAAAAAAAAAAAAAUAGACAAACAUACUCCAG